UAGGUUAGUUAUUCACUGAGUUCAGUACGUCAACAAAGAUGUCUGCCAACGGGGUUGCUGCACACUGUUGUGAAACUCCAGGCUGUAAUGCCGAGGCUAAGCUGCAAUGUCCAACCUGCAUCAAAUUAAACAUACAAGGAUCAUUCUUCUGCUCACAGAAUUGCUUCAAAGGUUAUUGGGAGUCACAUAAAUUGCGUCAUAAAAAGCCUAGGUCACCAUGGUUCUCUGAACAACUAGAUCAGUACUUGCAGUAUUUUCCUGGAUAUGCAUAUUUUAAGAGAGCAGUUACUCAGUUUAAGAAUAUUUCAGGCAUCAGUGAUUCGAGCACGCCAUACAACCCUUGGCCAUACUACGCGUUUUCUGGUAGUUUACGUCCAUAUCCACAAACCACCAAGAAAGAGGUUCCUCCUUCCAUAGGCAGACCGGACUAUGCGGAUGACCCUAAUGGAUUCCCACAUUCAGAGCAAAAAGUACGAGGAGCUGCAAAUAUUAAGUGCCUUUCAGAUGAAGAGAAAGAGGGAAUGAGAGUGGCUUGCAAGUUAGCUCGAGAAGUUUUGGAUGAAGGAGUGAAAGUAGCAGAUAUUGGUGUGGCUACAGAUGAGAUUGAUCGUGUUGUACAUGAAGCUGCUAUUGAACGAGAGUGCUACCCUUCACCCUUGAACUACCAUGGUUUUCCCAAGUCCUGCUGCACUUCAGUCAAUGAAGUUAUAUGUCAUGGCAUCCCAGAUAUGAGGCCGCUACAAAAUGGGGAUAUAUGUAAUAUUGAUGUUACAGUAUACCAUCGCAAUUUCCAUGGUGACUUGAAUGAAACUUUAUUUAUUGGUGAGGUCAGUAGUAUAGCAAAAAACCUUGUCAAGACCACCUGGGAAUGCCUUCAGAAGUCUAUUGAAAUUGUUAAGCCUGGUGUCAAGUACCGGGAAGUGGGAUCAUUAAUCCAGAAGCAUGCUCACUCCCAGGGUUUCUCUGUAGUGCGUUCCUACUGUGGCCAUGGUAUUCAUCAAUUGUUUCAUACUGCACCAUCUGUUCCACACUAUGCUAAAAACAAGGCAGUUGGUGUUAUGAAGCCCGGACAUACAUUCACAAUUGAACCAAUGAUCUCGGAAGGUACAUGGAAAGACGAGCAAUGGCCAGAUAACUGGACUGCUGUAACCGCAGAUGGAAAACUGUCUGCCCAGUUUGAAGAAACACUGUUGGUGACCGACACUGGAGUUGAAGUUCUCACUCAACGCAGAGACAGAAAUGGUCAACCUUAUUUCAUGGAUUAAGUUAAGGAGAACUUUAGGUAAAUUGUCCAGUAUAUAUCCUAGGAAAUACCUUGUUGGAUUGAUUGGUGUUUGUAUAUGUUCAUUGUAUAUGAGGAAUCCAAAAGUGUACAUAUUUAUAACUUUAUAUUUCAUAUUUUUCAUGACAUUUAAGCUUGUAUAAGUGCACAGUAGAUUAGGACAUGAUUUGUAUUUGCUGAAUUGCUGUUACUGAGAUCACUCAUAUGAAAUAUAUACUGUAUACCUAACAUAUUCAUGAAGAUAUAUUUUGCCUUCAUUGAAUGACUAUCUAAGUUAUAUCUCAGUCACAUUUAAGUACAGUGCUAUCUCCUUUUCCUUCAUUUUUAAAGGGCCUAUUUCUGUUUUAAAUAUAGUAAUUACUCACCUUUCAUGUACCCACCUACUAUGUUUUCGUCACUUUGCCUUUCACGUUUUGUGCCCUUUCUUCAGUUUUUUAAUAAUCAGGGGAAAAGGACUAAAUCCACAGGGGUCACAUAGUGCCUGUGGAAUGGGAGGCUUUCAGGUUUGAUUCAAGGAAGGGGAGGGUAAAUCCAGUUCUUUGGAUCAAGAGCCCCUCAUAGACAUUAAGGCACACCUCCCUUGAGAGGUGUCUAUCUUCAGCUUUCACUGUAAAUCUAUUCUGCUUUCAGUCAUUGAAUUAAAAAAUUAUUUUUCUGUUUUUCAACCAAAUACUGUGUAUGCUCAUUUAUGCAUGUAUCAAGCGCUCAUGUAUGUUUGGUAGAGAUUAGUCAAGACCCAUAGAUUUAAUAGAGUAUUUACAUUGUUUAUUAAAGUUGAAUUGUUAGCA